AAUUGUCAGUCCCGGACAGUAGCAACUAGCAACCAGCAAGCCCCAUUUUGAGAAAGAAGACACUGAAAACCAGCAGCGAAUCAAUUCCUCCAAAGCGAAACCCUGACAGAGUAUGACCCAAGUCGAAGGAGAGGAGGAGCCACAGAACCCUAAUUCCCAAUUUGAAACACUCACCCUACAACCCCCUCCACAACCACAAAUGAAGCCUCAACCCGACUCAAACCAAGACAACCCCGACGCCUUCCCCGUCCGAUCUCCCCGGAGCCGGACCGCCAUAACCUUCGCUCGCAAGAAGCGCAAGAAGACGGGCAGGAAUCCGAAAGCCUCUCAGAAGAAGCUGGAGAUUCUGCGCCAAACCCUAAAGCCAAUCCCCUUCGUCCCCGCCAAAACCCUAGACUUCGACAGCCACGAGGAGCUCCUGAAGCGGCUGGGCUUGUGGGACUUCGUCCACAUCAAGUUCGAUCGGAGCAUUAGGGCUGAUCUCCUCGCCCAAUUGAUCGUCAACUUCAACUCCCAGCAGCGGUGUAGCUACGUCAACGAGCUUAGGAUUCUGGUUAACCGGUCCGAUCUGGGACGCGCAUUGAAGCUUCCGGUGAUGCUCAAGUCCAAGAAGAGCGCCGUGGAAGAUGCCGGCGAGGAGCAGCCGCCGGCGUCGGAGGAGUCGAUAGCUUUUCUGGAGGAUUUGGUUUCGAAUUGGAUGCUUUUGCACGGGGAUAUGUGGAUGAUGCCCGGCGAGGUGUUGGGUUAUACCAAAGCAAUCAAAGAAGGUCAGUUUGGGAAGGUGGACUGGGCUGGUUUGGUUUGGUACAUGGUGAAUGAGGAGCUAGGUAAGGCCACGCAGUUGGAGAAUUGUUACUAUGCGUCGCAUUUGCAGCAUUUGAUCAAGUCGCAGAAGGAGGAUUUGUUUUCGGUGAAGCAAGAGUCGAAAGUGGAGAUUGAUUUGAAGGAUGAUGAUGAGGAAGAAGAGGAAGAGGAUGGUGGUGGGGAUGUGAAAAUGGAUGAUGUUCAGGGAGGCAGAUUGGAGGAGAAUGAUAUUAAGUUGUGUCUCGGGCAAGAAAAUGUGACCAAAGUUGAGGUUGAGCACGAAAACUUGGAGAAAGUUGAUGUUGAGCGAGAAGAUGCGGAGAAUGUUGAUGAUGAGCGAGAAGAUGCGGAGAAAGUUGAUGUUGGGAAAGAGAAUGUGGAGAAAGAUGAUGUUGGGCAAGAGAAGGUGGAGGAAGUUGAGGCUGAGCAAGAAAAUGUAGAGAAAGUUGAUUCUCAGCAAGGAAAUGCGGAGAAAGUUGACGUUGGAGAAGAAAAUGUUGAGAAAGUUUGUGGUGAAACAGAGCGGGUUGAGGUUGAGGUUGAGGAUGAGGAUGUGAUGGAUUUUGAAGAAUUUAAGGAGGCAGAGCCUGCCCAAUGGGUUUUGGCUGGGAAGGACAAUCUAGGUGAGCCUUGUUUGCAGCGGUGUAAUCUCGGUGGUAUUAAGGAUCUUGGUUGUGGGGAUGAGAGAAAUAAAAAUAUGGAGUUGGGAGAAGGAGUAGGUGAAGAAGAACAAGAAGAUGAUGAAAUAGAAGAAGAGGAAGAGGAGGAUGAUGAUCAGGAGGGUGGUUUCCACCUUUUGCCUAAAGGUUUUUCUUUAGAGGGGUUUCCUUCAGGAAAUCUUACUCAGGGUAUGGAUGGUAUGCCACUGCGUGAUCAUUUUGGCAUAGAAUUUCCUUCUCCAAGGGACCUAAUGCUUCCCGGAAGUUCUUCCAUUUAUGGUAAUGGUCCCAAGAGAGAGAUUAACCAUGAGAAUGAUAAUUCUCAUCAUGGUCUCAAUGGUAAUAAGAGGUUGAGGACAGAAGGCUCUUGGGAUAGUAAAAUGUCUGGUGACUUUGAGACAGGUAUGGAUCAAAUACAGCAGUGGUUGGGGAGAGUGGAGGAUAUGCAGCAGUGGAUGGGAAAAGCUAGGAUGAUGUAUACAGCAAAAGAACAGGAGUGCCAACAAGCUGCAAAUAACCAGCAGUAUUUUAUGCAAGAGUUGCAGAGAAGGGAUGAGAUGAUUGAGCACUUGCAUAAGGCCAGGUUUGAAGACCAGCAAAAGUUUCAAACAGAGAAGUUUAGGUUUGAGCAUGAGGUCCACUUGAUGAAAAAUCUCUUGGACGGCUACAGGAAAGCUUUAAAGGCAACACAAAAGGCAUUUGCUGAACAUAGAGCACAUUGUCCACAGGCUGUUGAGCCACUCUACAGGGAUGUUCCGGGAUCCGGGGGCCUUGUUUUAAGCACCACAGAACUGGAAAAGCUACGCAUAAAGCAAGAAGAAGAAGAGAGGAUAAAUAGACUGGCGAUUGAAACGAUGAUUAAGGACUUUGAAGCUGGGUGGAGUAGUGAAUAUGAAGCACACCAAAAGAGUGUUGAAUUAGCUAGUAGCAGGUUGAUGGAUGUUGAGAAGGAAGUGAAACUUCUCAAGGAAGGCCUUUUAAAACAGAGGCUUCCAGAAACACAAGAAUCUCCAAAUGAAUCAUGAGAUGCUCGGUAUAACUCAUGACUAGUGUUGAUAAUUGAGCUAGUAAUUUGGAUGAACGCCUGGCCCAUGACCCUUAAUGCAUAGGUUUUGUUGAAUCCUAUUUGGGAUCAAAAUCUCUCGAACAAUUAUCUGGAACUUGCCACCACAUUUACCAUAUCCUGAGUGACAUUUUGUGCUCUUGAAACCCUAGGGUUAAAUCGCUUAGUAUCUUGACAAGCAGCCCCCUGAGUAUAGAGGGAAAAUCUUAUCCCUGAAAUAGUUUAUGGAUUUGAUUGUGUGAGUUUUGCUUUUUCAUAUACAACUGUAUUGCUCUGUGCAGUGUCUCCCUUUACUUUACUUGUCUAGUCAAGUAGUUCUCUUGCAAGGCGCAAGAAGUUCCUGUUAAAUGUCAGUGAUUUGCUGUUGGAACUGUGUGAGAAGAUUUUGUGGAAACUCUGAUGAGGAGGGUUAAUCUAAACAGACGAAACUUUCCUGUGUGAUUUUUUCUGAUGGAGGGUCCUGCAAAAUGCAAACUAUGCAUCAAAGCUGGUUUGAUGGAUGCGGAUGCAGUGUAUGGGUUGGCUACUUCUAAUUAAGUGGUAGUAGGCUUAACAGUAGAGGUCAUAUAGUAGCUUAAUAUUAGGAUCCUUCUCCGUAUCGGGAUAUGCUUCUAAAUUCUAAUGUUAGCUAGAUGUUUGCUUCCUUGUUGGGCAUCACUUUGCAUGAGAUUAGAAGCAUUAUAUUUGCUAAUGAACUAUGAAAUAUCUUUAGUUUAUAUUAUGCAGUCAGUGAUUUGGUCUUAUCUAUUCUAGCAUACACAGUCAGGAGAUGCUGGGUGAGUCAUUUAUUGUUUUACAUUCAUACGUAAAGCAGAUACAGCUUUUAUUAGCAAGUUAAACGGUCAACUUUGCUCUAUUGCAGUGUUAAUUAUAAGUUGAUUUGUGUCGUUAUAUGAGAUGAGACUGAUACCCAUUUUCUUGUUUAUUUGUAAGUAUUACAUAAUUACCAGUUAUGAACUAAUGACUUAGUAAGUACUGUUGGCCUUUGCUGCUGAAUCCCCUAUCUGGCAUCGAAUUUUCUUGCAGUCACCUCCACUUUCUCAGGAUCUCAGUGUGGCACCUGCUUUUUAUAUAUCCUGUUGUAUUGGCAUAUGAGACCCAGUUGUCUGUGCAUGCUUCCCUGCAUGCAAUCUAAGUACCGGAUUACUCUUUUUUUGCACCUCACAAGAGAUAUUGUUUGAUGUGAAAUGAAUUCUACUUACCUACCUACUGGAGUUGAUCCAUGUAAUUGGGUUAAUAAUUCAGUUACUCA